UCUGGUAGGGGAAGAGGUUCAUGGGGUUGUGACACCAUGAGUUACCACACUGGGUGACACCACUGCAGCAGACGGCGCUCUGUGGUUCCUUCCUGCACAGAUUUGAGAGGAACUACAGAGCUGGAAGGCACUCAGAUUCUGUACAAAACACUGGGGAAAUUCAGAGAGAGGUAGUGGCUCCCCUCAAGAUCGCAGAGCAAGCUAGUGUUGGAGUGGUGCGAGGGCUGGAGAAUCAUGCAGGGACUCCUGCCUCCAGACCUGGGAUGACCCUGGAAGGGCUUGCUCUCAACUUUACUUCCCCCUCAUUCCUUGGCUCAGCUGCCCUGUGGGCGUCUCUCCUAACACCAGUGAAAAUGCAGGCUUGGCAGGGCAGAAGAUCUGGGCUUGAGAAGAGAUCAGGACAUCUGAAGAGAUUCAAGCGUUUGCUGCCUCUCCCUCAGGCCUUGCCCACCUCUGACUGUGGCUCCCCCACAGGAGCAGACAGCCAUGGCUUGGCAGAUGACACAGCUGCUGCUGCUGCUGGCUUUGGUGGUCUCUGCAUGGGGUGCCCGCCCCAGGAAUCCCCAGGGAAGAACAGAUCUGCUCAAUGUCUGCAUGGACGCCAAGCACCACAAGACAAAGCCAGGCCCUGAGGACAAGCUGCAUGACCAGUGCAGCCCCUGGAGAAAGAAUGCCUGCUGCUCAGUGAACACCAGCCAGGAGCUGCACAAGGACACCUCCCGCCUGUAUAACUUUAACUGGGACCACUGUGGCAAGAUGGAGCUCGACUGUAAGCGCCACUUCAUCCAGGACACCUGUUUUUAUGAGUGCUCCCCCAAUCUGGGGCCCUGGAUCCAGCAGGUGGAUCAGAGCUGGCGCAAAGAGCGGAUCCUCAACGUGCCCUUGUGCAAAGAGGACUGUCAGCGCUGGUGGGAAGACUGCCGCACCUCCUAUACCUGCAAGACCAACUGGCACAAGGGCUGGAACUGGAGCUCAGGGAUUAACGAGUGUCCAGUCAAGGCCGCCUGCCACACAUUUGAGUUCUACUUCCCCACGCCUGCUGACCUCUGCGAGGGCCUCUGGAGUCACUCCUACAAGGUCAGCAACUACAGCCAAGGGAGUGGCCGCUGCAUUCAGAUGUGGUUUGACCCAGCCCAUGGCAACCCUAAUGAAGAAGUGGCGAGGUUCUAUGCUGAAGCCAUGAGUAGGGCUGGGCCCCAUGCAACUGGGCCUCUCCUACUCAGCCUAGUCCUGACGCUGCUAUGGCUCCUUGGCUGAGCCGCUUCCACUGCUGACACUUGGACAUCUGGACAGCAGAGCCCGGACUGCAUCCUUGACUCGUACCCAGCCUGGGUGCCUAGGCUCAGCCCAGCUCCGCUCUCUCAGAUAAGGGACCUCACAAUCAGUUCAGUCCAUGCCCUGAUCAUUGGUUUAUAACCCAAGGUGGGACCCCUGGGAUUCCCCUUACAACUUAUUUUAAUACACAGAUUCACGUGUGUCUUGUAAAGAAUUUGGGGAUGAGUGGCUUGGGAAGACAUGACUCACUGCUUCAUCACUCCCACUGAGAGCCCCAAAGAAGGGCUGGGACUAGCCUGAGGUUCAUCAACAAGUAGGGGGUGGAAGUUGAAUUAGAAUCCAGGCACCUGAUCCCUUGGCUUGGGUCUCUUACCCCUGCACCUGCCUGCCCUCAUGCCAGGGUCACUACUCUCACACCACUAGGACUGACGGAAGAAGGAAGGUGGGCAGAGAUUGGUGGAGGAGUCACUGGGUUCCCGGAAGGGAAAAAGGUUUCUUUCUCUCCUUCCCUUACUAGAUCUGGGGUGGGAAAGAGACAUUGAUCUUGGGAUUUAUGAUGAACACUUGCAUUGUUUCUUUUUUUAAAAACUACAAACAAUUCUACAAUGAACAAGCUGGUACUUAGUGGAAUGUUAUACUUGGAGGGUAAAUUCCCAGAAGAGGGAUUGCUGGGUCAA